GAGAGGAUUUAACACCUAUACGGAAGCUAGACGUUUACUUUAAUGGAAAAUUCAUUAAUAUGGUACAUGAUAUACAUAGGUUUCUGGAGGCGAAAUGCACGAUGUGGCAAAAUUAUCAACAAAGAUAAUAUCAAAUCCACUACUGGUCAUUUUUUCAACAUAGGAGUUUUGUUAGGCCGACCUGGUGACCUGAAUAAUAUCCUUUUGAUUGAAGUUCCAUGCUAGAGGAAGUUGUUUCCACCAUUUUGUAUGAGAAAUACACCACGCUCAAUCUUCACCAUGAAACCCGAGGUCUUAGCAAGAAUAUAUUUUUUAAUUUUAUUAAGUUUUCUUACAGCUGGAUCUGCCUCCUGUAAACAUCCAAUUUUGUAUUACUCCAGCGAAGAAGUUGAAGAACUCCAACAAAAAGCGAGAACUUCACAUCGGCAUAUAUUCUCUCGCCUCCGCGAAGCAGCAGAGGAAAUGAAGGGAAACUCACAAACUUACACUCCGCCUUCUAACUGGACUGACUUCUCUCGCUCGUGGAACGAAAUUUAUGGGAAUAGUUUAAUCUCACUCGCGUUUUACUGUGUGUUGAACCCCACCGAUUACGAGGCGUUCGGGCUCGCGAGAAACAUCAUAAAGAGAUUCACCGUGUUGAGAAACUGGAGGUGUUCGCUUAACAUAGAUGAUGACGUUCCUGUAGCACACAGCUUGGUUGCCGUAGCAACAGCUUAUGAUUUCCUUUGGAAUCGACUGGAUGAUAAUGAACGUCAUUUGAUUGUUGAUAAAAUAAAACAUGAAUCGCGCGUUAUUUACCAAAGAUCCUUCGAGAAAUGGUGGGGAAAGAUUUACAUUCAAAAUCACAUGGCGACAAAUUAUAUGGCCCUUAUGACCGCUGCUUUAGUUUUGAAGAGCAAGAAUGAUCAUGAAACGUUUUUGUGGGAGAAAAGAGCUCACCUAAUGCUUAACAGAACAAUGUUCCUUCUUAGCUUCGUAACGGAUGGAACACUCGACGAAGGAGUUUCUUACGGGAGCUAUACAUCUCGCUCUCUGACCCAGUACAUUGCACUCGCCAAAAGACAUUUUGAUAUCGAUUUUACGAAGAGCGAAUGGCUGAAGAAGCAUUUCUGGUUUCUAUAUCGGACAAUUCUGCCCAGUUUUGAUGAAGCUCUAGGCAUUGCAGACUCGAAUGGUAAGUGGUUUUACGGACCAGAGAGUCAGUUGGUAUUCUUGGACAAGAUGGUGUUGAAAAACGGAUUCGGUAAUUGGUUGGCAAUGGCCAUACAACGCAUGCGCAAAGAUGGAAAAACGCUGUCCCUUGCACGUGCGCAUUGUUUUGCCACCUUAUACACCGAGUUUUUGUUUUACGACGAGAAAAUAGGUGAGAGACCACCACCAGUGUCUAAUGUUUCUACUCUUCACAUCUUUAAAGAUUGGGGUGUUGUCGUCUUUGGGCGUGGUGCGGAAACACCACGUGCAGUUUCCAGACAAAAGUUAUCAACUUUUGUGUCAUUUAAAUGCGGAGUACUCCACGGAGAAGCUAUAAACAACAUCGUCAACACUAAACCUUGGCCUUGGAUUAAAGGAUGGAGGCAAUUCAACCCAGGGCAUGAACAUCCAGAUCAUGGCUCUUUCACUUUCUACCCAAACGGCAUCCCGUUUAUUACUGAAGCCCUGUAUGGUCCAAAGUACACAUGGUUGAACAACGCGCUGUUAUUUGGCUGUAGUUCUUCACUGAACAAUGCUUGCUUUACAGGUCAACUCUCUGAGAACAAAGCGUGGCUCAGGUUUGAGAGUGAUACAUUUUGGAAAGCUAAGGGAACGAUUCUCGCUGCAAUUGCUCAACACGAAAACGUUUACAUCACUGGAGAAUACUCGGGAUGGUAUAACAAAGAACUUGGCUUAAAAAAAGUUUAUCGGACGCUUUUACUUGUACGCUCAGAUCUUCUCAUCGUUUGUGAUUCAAUCUUCAAGAAAAACGACAGCUCGUUAGAUAAAAUGUCAGCUUUCUUCCACAACAGAUUUUCGCCUUUUUCCAUCAGAGAAAGAAAAAAUGGCGAGACGUUUGCUGAAGUAAUACAGGGAGGACAAGCUCAAACGGUUUAUUGGGCAAGUUCUGCUGGAAAAACCAUCGAUGUACGUAGUCAACACGCACAGUUCAAAGCAGAGGCCGGGAAAAGGAAAACCAAUUUUGUGAACAUAACCACACCCAUGCUAGGUCAUUCAACAUAUGUGGUUUAUACCUUUGCUGGAAAUAAUUUAAAAGUAAGGCACUUAAGAUUAUUCGAUAUUAACGGUACCGUAAUGAUAAAAAUGGACCUCGAAGACUCGACUUUGAUCCGAAUCACCAUACCAUCAAGACCAGAAAAGUACAAUACUUUACUGGCAACACGAUUUGACGAUUACGUUGAUAUUGAAGUUGAAUACGAAGUUGAAAUAUCGGAUCGCAGUGUGAUUUACUUGGUUGGAAAACUCGUUUUUAUUGGCCUAUUAUUCCUUAUGUUAUGUUUCUGGUAUUCCUUUAGACUAAAAGGCAAGAGAAUGAUGAGAAAAAUUCUCUUAAAAAUACUCCAUAAAAUAGAGGGAUGUUUUGUGGCACAGAUAUUGAAUUGACUACUUUUUUUCCAUGUACGAACAGGUUUCAUUGCCUUAUCAGUUAUUCUUGUUUACCAGUAAUGCUUCAGAAAAUGAUUGUUAAGAAUAUUAUGUCCAAAUUAAAGAAAUAAUACUCAAGGUAAUGACGCGUGCUCUGAAAUAAAAAACAUUACGCCUAUAUUAAAUCAAUAAUAACACGCUGUCUGAGAUGGGUAAGAAUGUGCCCAAAGCAAAGAAAUAAUACGCAAGAGAAUGAAGCGUGCUCUGAAAUAAAAAACAUUACGCCCAAA